GAGGCACAGAAAUUAGUGAAUGAGUGACAACAAGUCCAACAAGUGCAUUUUGGGACAAUAGUCCUUGAAAGUUUCACUCUUGUUGCAAGCCCCAGAGGAUCCAUUUGGGGUCAAAGCCCAGUACAAACAGAGUGGUAGGCGGAGUGUCUGCCCCAGACAGCUUACAAUCGUACAAGCAGCAUAAAAAGGGGUCACAGCAGAAGUAAGUCCUGAGGAGGGAUUUGAAGAGUCCGGAGGAGAGGAAUCCAGACAAGAUGACAGUGAAGAAGUUAAAGUAACCAAUGGCUGGCCCCCUCAUGAAGUGCAAAUGCAAGACCUGCUCAUCUGGUAAAAUGGCUAUUAAUGGCUAAUAGACACAGUAAACAAACCAAGCAGAUAAGCAUAGAUUGCAGAGCUUCCCUCCCUGGUGAAGUCAGUUAAGUUUGAGAGAGAGCCAGCUGAAGAACAAAGAGAAGAAAGGGUCCAUGUGCUGCUAUUUGAGGAAAAAGAAAAGGUCUCUUCUGGAAAUAAUCUGGAAAGUGAGCAAUGCAUCUGACAAAUGAAAACCAUUACUCUUUGGAGAGAGUACUUUCCGAGAGAAACAGAGCCUCCAAAUUUGAGAGAAGCGCCAGAGGCAAUUUCACUCUAUUGAGCUUGAAACUGUAGCAUCUGGAGCUGAACCCGUGAUGGUAUAAUACAACAUGACUAUGUUCACUUUAAAUACAAUAAAAGGCUACAGCCCAGAUCCUCAGCAGCACUGGAGCAGUGCCUGACAUAGUGUGACUUAAUGACUGAUACUUUAUAUAUCACCCUAUUACAUGCCAAACUACACUUAGUGUGAAACAUUUGUUUUUCUGUUCUGGAUGUGUAAGGAAAUUGGGGACUAGCUGAAAGAAACAUCUGGACAGUGGGAAAUGCUGGGCUGUACCUCCAUUGUUUAUUCCUGCUGGAAUGAGGGAUGGCUCAUGGAACUGUGGGGUUUCCCUAAGUGUCAGUCACUCUUUCUUUGGGCUUGGCCAUGCUCUCAACAAACCGAGGGACUGUGGGUGGAUUCUUCCUCGCUGGACGGAGCAUGGUGUGGUGGCCAAUUGGUGCUUCUCUGUUUGCCAGUAACAUUGGCAGUGGGCACUUUGUGGGCUUGGCAGGCACAGGAGCGGCUGCAGGAAUCGCCACUGGAGGAUUCGAAUGGAACGCCCUGAUAUUUGUGGUUAUUCUUGGCUGGUUGUUUGUGCCCAUCUACAUCAAGGCUGGGGUGGUGACGAUGCCAGAGUAUCUCAAGAAGCGGUUUGGCGGCCGACGGAUUCAGAUGUAUCUGUCAGUCCUUUCUCUGCUCCUCUAUAUUUUCACCAAGAUCUCGGCAGAUAUAUUCUCUGGAGCUAUAUUUAUCCAAAUAGCCAUGGGGUUGAAUCUUUAUUUGGCCAUAAUCAUACUGCUGGGUAUUACUGGUCUUUACACUAUCACAGGUGGCCUUGCUGCUGUGAUUUACACAGACACCUUACAGACCAUCAUCAUGCUGGUGGGAUCCUUCAUUCUCACAGGAUUUGCAUUUGCCAAAGUAGGAGGAUAUGAGGCCUUUAUGGAGAAAUAUAUGCAAGCAAUUCCAAGCAACACCUCAUAUGGAAACAUUACCAUUGACCCAAAAUGCUACACCCCUCGGGCAGAUUCUUUCCACAUCUUCCGAGACCCGAUCACUGGAGAUCUGCCAUGGCCGGGCCUUACCAUUGGCUUGAGCAUCCUUGCUUUGUGGUACUGGUGCACAGAUCAGGUUAUUGUUCAGCGAUGUCUCUCAGCCAAGAACAUGUCCCAUGUGAAGGCCGGCUGUGUCAUGUGUGGGUACCUGAAGCUGCUGCCCAUGUUUUUGAUGGUGAUGCCUGGGAUGAUCAGUCGAAUUCUGUACACAGAUACGGUGGCUUGUGUUGUGCCCUCAGAAUGUGAGAAAUACUGUGGCACCAAAGUUGGCUGUUCAAAUGUUGCUUAUCCAAAAAUGGUGGUGGACCUUAUGCCGAAUGGUUUGCGAGGUCUGAUGUUAUCAGUCAUGUUGGCCUCUCUCAUGAGCUCCCUGACUUCCAUUUUUAAUAGUGCUAGCACUCUGUUCACCAUGGACAUCUACACCAAAAUACGAACCCGGGCAUCUGAGAAAGAGCUCAUGCUGGCUGGGAGGUUAUUUAUCUUAGCUUUAAUUGGUAUCAGCAUUGCUUGGGUUCCUGUGGUGCAGUCAGCUCAGAGCGGGCAGCUCUUUGAUUAUAUACAGUCUAUCACCAGCUACCUGGGGCCACCCAUUGCUGCUGUCUUCCUGCUUGCUAUCUUCUGUAAGAGGGUCAAUGAGGAGGGUGCCUUCUGGGGCUUGGUCAUUGGGCUGGGCAUUGGGCUGGCUCGAAUGAUUGCAGAGUUUGCCUAUGGAACUGGCAGCUGUGUAAACCCCAGCAAUUGUCCAAUGAUCAUUUGUGGAAUUCACUAUUUGUACUUUGCUAUAAUCCUUUUUGGGAUCUCCGUCAUCAUCAUCUUGAGCGUCUCACUGAUAACUAAACCCAUUCCGGAUGUACAUCUUUACCGCUUGUGCUGGUCUCUUCGGAACAGCAAAGAGGAACGUAUUGACCUGGAUGCAAAUGAGAAGAUUGAGGAACCUGAGAGCAAUGACGAUGUAUCAGAACAAGGUGAUGAAGAGCAAGGAUGCUGUAAGAAGGCCUACAACUGGUUCUGUGGUUUAGAUCAGAAAAAAGGUCCCAAACUGAGCAAAGAGGAGCAGGAAGCAAUGGAGAAGAAACUGACUGACACUUCCGAGAAGCCAAUCUGGAGAAAUGUUGUGAACAUAAACGGCAUCAUUCUACUGACCGUGGCUGUAUUCUGUCAUGCCUUCUUUGCAUAAAUCUCUUCUCACACUCCAGAGUUUACAUGAAGGUCUAACUCUAGUCCCUUUUCCUUUUGAAAUUGCACUGUAUUCUUCAAAAUAAAUUAUGUUGUCUAAAUUAUACAGUUAGAUAUACUUAUGAGAUUUGUACAGUGACUUGCAUCUGAAGAAGUGGGUAUUCACCCACGAAAGCUCAUGCUGCAAAACGUCUGUUAGUCUAUAAGGUGCCACAGGAUUCUUUGCUGCUUUUACAGAUCCAGACUAACACGGCUAUCCCUCUGAUACUUGUACAGUGAGAUUGUAUGAAUACAUUGAUUUAUUCAUUGGUUAUAUAGUGGUAAUUAAACAUCUUUUGGCUAAAGAGCAGGCAUACUAAAGUCCCAAAGGGUAGAAUUUCAAUCCAGUACAUCAGGGAGAAUUUAGUAAAUCUCUCUUCUUACAAAAUACAUUUCACAGCUCAAUUUCAGAAUAUGAGAACCAGGGCUGGAUGAGCUGCAUGGAGUUCAUGAUUUUGUGAACUAUUUUGGGGAACUGGCAAAAAUUUCUGGCCAUUUUCCCAAGGUGAUUUUUUUUUUUAAGUUCAGCUAUAUGAAAAGCUGUGCUAUGGGUUUAAGAUAAAUGAAUCCCCUCAAAAUAAAGGCAGCCUUAGGUGAGUUCUCCUGGAUGACAUUUUAUUGAUGUAUUCCUUUGAUACUAUCGCUAUUUUUAAUAGCCCUUUUCUCUUUCCAUUAUCUGUUCCAUACAUUACACUGUUUUUAGUGGAUUUUUUCUUCUCUCCUCUUUUAUCACUUUUUCUUCUGAGUGGAAUAUGAACCCCAGUACCAUCUGAAUUUAACUUGUGCUAUUUGAGUGGGUUUGAAAUUAGGCAAACUUAAGUCUGACCAGCCCUAAUAAGAGUCGUGGUUAUGCCUGACUCUUCAAGAUUAGCUUUAAAGGUUCCAAUGCAAUCUGAGCAUUUAGUUUAAUAUGAAUCUGUUUGAAUGUGAAAGCUUUAUUUAUAAAAAUAUAUUCAUGGUAGUGUCGGAGAAAAACUUAGUUCUCGCUUUUUGUUUGGGUGCAGCAAAAUCAAAUACUUUAUUAUUUCU